AUGACGGCGGAAUGUAGGCCCACUGGUAGUGGUCAUUUACUCGUGUUGGAAGGUGGUUACGAGAAAGUCAUGGUGCUAGAGGAUGACAUUCGCUUCGAAUCGUAUUUCCGUCAUCGAGUGGCGAACAUCAUGCGGGAUUUGGAGGAAGAAGACAUCGAAUGGGACCUCAUAUACCUGGGACGCAAGAGGAUGCAGGAAGCCGAGGAGCCGUUUGUGGAGGGCAGUGACAACCUGGUGAAGGCCAGCUACUCCUACUGGACGCUGGGGUACCUGCUGAGCCGGCAGGGCGCCCGGAAGCUGGUGGACGCCAAGCCGCUCGACAAGCUCAUGCCCGUGGACGAGUACCUGCCCGUCAUGUUCGACAAGCACCCCAAUGAUACAUGGAAGGAAUACUUUUCAAAUCGAAACCUGAUAGCAUUUUCAGCUGAGCCUCUGCUUGUCUACCCAACACACUACACUGGCGAAGAAGGCUAUAUUAGUGACACAGAGGAUUCUGCAGUAGUGAAGGAACCAGAGAAGCAUUAUCAUGUAACAGGAGAAGAGCUGUAA